AGAGCUCUGCUUUCCUGUAACAGACACAAGAAUGUGGUAUCUCCAGAUCUUGGUCUGGUUACAUGGUGGGUGUGUGGGUUGGGCAUCUGUCUCUCUCCUUAUCCCUCCUAGAACGGAGAUUGCUUUCCUUCCCCCACCUCACCAGUCUGGAAGGCUGUAAAAGCCACACUCUGAUAGCACACUAGCCUUGAGAUAUUUGGGUACAAGGAGCCUCUCUACGCCCCAGCGGUGGGCGGCCGAGUCUCUCUCAAGGAGACAGGCUGGCUUCAAUGCAGCUGGAUUUCCUUGGGCUGCAGCCGUGGAAGCGUUGCGCUGCCAAGGGAGACAUUCCUGAAGAGCUGAGGUGACUUUUUGUGCGGCCCUGCUGCCCCAUAGAAAGGCUGUGGCUGGACAGAUCUAGUUUUGGACCAUGGGGAGCAGCAAGAGCAAACCCAAAGACCCCAACCAGAGGAGACGCAGCCUGGAAUCUGCCGAGAACGCCCACCAUGCCGGCUACCCUUCCUCUCAAACGCCCAGCAAGACACCUGUCCCCGAUGCCCAUCGGACCCCCAACCGCUCCUUCGGGAGCAUGGCUGCUGAGCCAAAGCUCUUCGGAGGCUUCAAUACGUCCGACACAGUCACAUCCCCUCAGCGCUCAGGGGCUCUAGCGGGCGGAGUCACCACCUUUGUGGCCCUCUAUGACUACGAGUCGCGGACGGAAACGGACCUUUCCUUCAAGAAAGGGGAGCGCCUCCAAAUCGUCAACAACACGAGAAAAGUGGAUGUCAGGGAAGGGGACUGGUGGCUGGCACACUCCCUCACGACAGGACAAACCGGCUACAUCCCCAGUAACUAUGUCGCACCCUCAGACUCCAUCCAGGCUGAAGAGUGGUAUUUUGGCAAGAUCACUCGCCGGGAGUCAGAGCGGCUGCUGCUCAAUUCUGAGACGCCCCGAGGAACGUUCCUGGUCAGGGAGAGUGAAACCACCAAAGGUGCCUACUGCCUCUCGGUCUCUGACUUUGACAAUGCCAAGGGGCUCAACGUGAAACACUACAAGAUCCGCAAGCUGGACAGCGGUGGCUUCUACAUCACCUCCCGCACACAGUUCAACAGCCUGCAGCAGCUGGUGGCCUAUUACUCCAAACAUGCUGAUGGCUUGUGCCACCGUCUCACAAACGUGUGCCCAACGUCCAAGCCCCAGACACAAGGGCUGGCGAAGGAUGCUUGGGAAAUCCCCAGGGAGUCUCUGCGCCUGGAGGUGAAGCUGGGACAAGGCUGCUUUGGAGAAGUGUGGAUGGGGACCUGGAAUGGCACCACCAGGGUGGCCAUAAAGACGCUGAAGCCUGGCACCAUGUCUCCGGAGGCAUUUCUGCAGGAGGCCCAGGUCAUGAAGAAACUGCGUCACGAGAAGCUGGUUCAGCUGUACGCUGUGGUGUCCGAAGAGCCCAUUUACAUUGUAACCGAGUACAUGAGCAAAGGGAGCUUACUGGAUUUCCUGAAGGGGGAGAUGGGCAAGUAUCUGCGGCUGCCCCAGCUGGUGGACAUGGCGGCUCAGAUCGCGUCUGGCAUGGCCUACGUGGAGAGGAUGAACUACGUCCAUCGGGACCUCCGAGCUGCCAACAUCCUCGUGGGGGAAAACCUGGUGUGCAAGGUGGCCGACUUCGGCUUGGCCCGGCUGAUUGAGGACAAUGAGUACACGGCCAGGCAAGGUGCCAAGUUCCCCAUUAAGUGGACAGCCCCAGAAGCUGCUUUGUAUGGCAGGUUUACCAUCAAGUCAGAUGUCUGGUCCUUUGGAAUCCUAUUGACUGAGCUGACCACAAAGGGCAGAGUGCCAUAUCCAGGUAUGGUUAACCGGGAAGUGCUGGACCAGGUGGAACGUGGCUACCGGAUGCCCUGCCCUCCAGAGUGCCCCGAAUCCCUGCACGAUCUGAUGUGCCAGUGUUGGAGGAAGGACCCAGAGGAGAGGCCCACCUUUGAGUACCUGCAGGCUUUCUUGGAGGACUACUUCACGUCGACAGAGCCCCAGUACCAGCCAGGCGAGAACCUAUAGACGUGGGAAUGAUUCCUGGUGCCAAAGACCUUGCUCUCCUGGUGUGUCCCCGCACAUGUCACAUAGCACACCGCAUCUCAAGAACUCCUUGCAGAGCCUGGUUUUGGGGACUAGCUCUUCUCCCAGAGGAUGAGACUGGGUGCCUUUGAGCCCCACAAGGUGGAGGGGGCUAGGUUCUCCUGAUCACUAAGUACUGAUUUAUGGUGUGUGUUUAACAAAGUGCGGCCCUUUGAUAUGAGAUCAGUCGGAGGGGAACUGGCGGUGUGCCAUGACUGGAGAUUGGAGGAGGAAUCUUUCCAGGAGGGAAGGUCUGUGCAGAAGCUGGAGGGGCCUUCAGGCGUCUUCCUUCUAGUGGUUCUGAAGUGCAAUGAAAGGAAUAGACAACAAUGGCCUAGGCUUUCACUGGAGCACUUGGCUUUGCUGGGACUGGACACUAGUGCUACAGAUGGACACCUUUCAACCUCAGAUCAUGCCUCUUCCAGCCUCUCUCUUUCCUUUGAAACCAGCACAAGGUUCCCCCAGUCCUCUCUGCUCCCGGAGCAGAGGGGGCCGCAGUUCGCUACAGCAGCGUUUGUGGUUUUAGACUGAGAGACUCUUCCAGAGAGAGGACGUCCACAGUUCAGUGCGCACGUCACUCGAUCACCACCACCCUGUGCUGCUGGGGCAGAGGGUGGUGGCCUUGGGACGCCAGCGCCAGCACCCUGGCCUGGCACAUGUGAGUUUGGAUCCGGGAUGGUGGCUGUGGCCUACAGACCUGGAGGCUGUUGAGGUGAUUUUUCUCCCCGUGCAAGACUCCACUGGAGAGCGAGAAAGACUUCGUGGCUGAGUUGCACUUGCAGCUGCAUUCGUGUUCAGUGUUGCUGCUCAUGGUGCCAAUGCCUCCUGACUCAUUUUGGGACCGUGUUAUAUCCUGAGCUGCAGGUUUCUGUCUUCCAGCCUUGUCUCACCCAGCAAAGGGAACCUUGUCAUCUUGAUGACUACUUCUUAGAGACACACUAAGGCAAAUGCCAGUGGGGCAGGAUACGCCUCCUUUCUCCUAUCCUUGCUGCCUACCCCCUAUUGCUUGAUGGAUAUUCUUCAACAAAGUACCCCUGGUCUUCCAGCCAGCACCCUAAGCAGUGCACCGGGAGAAUGCCCGGCCAGACCCUCUGUCUCCUCAUUCCACUCAUUAAGAUGCAUCUUCGUUUACGCCAAGGAUUUUAGUGCUAGAGAAGCAGGGCAACAGUUGUUCUUGGGACACUUGGAUGGUCUCCCAGCUUUGCCAGUCAGGAAAGUUGCUGCUUUUUGACUGGCUGGGUUCUUUGUGCCCGGCCAGGACCGUGGUCUGAUCCUCUGCAGGCGGCUAAGCUCAGGAGAAUCCCAAGACAGCAUCCCUCGCUCCAUGGGGCCGUGGUUUCAAGAACUACUUGUAGAGGUGAAGUCUCCAUUCUGCCUGAGAGCAAAGGGGGCUUUCCUCUCUGUCCUCACUCCCAGAAUUUGUCAUGAGCAACCAGGGGGCCUCUCCUCAACUCCAGACCCUGCCUUUGGAGUCUCCUGCUUUGGCCCAGCUUCUGAGGCUGUGUCCCUGGGUACAGGUGGGGGUCUGGGAAAAGGCUGCCAUGGGGAAGAUCACUAAUGCAGUGUUCCCCUCAACCCCAUGCUUCAGCAUAGGGAUGUAAGAAAGUAGUUGAUGGGAGAAUUGAAUACUCGCUCUCUCCCGCCCCUCAGCAGGAGGGGGAUAGAGGAGGCUGCUGGGAAACAGCCUCUGCCUGUGGCAGGCUGAGGCUUGCUGUGGACAGAGGCUGCUCCGGCAGCAGCCCGUCUGUGGGGGUCCCAGCAGGGGAGCUGGGCCCCCCACAGAAGGGCUGCUGCCACCAAACAGCCUAGGCUGGCCGCCACGAGCAGAAGCUGCUGGACUCAGUGCGAGCCGGAACCGAGCAGUCCCAGCUCGUGCUGGGCUGGGACGCUGCACCUCUGCAUUUCAAAUGCCCAGUGGCUCUUCCUGCAUUUAAAAUGCAGAGCUGUGGCGCAGGCGGCUCCUGGAGCUGGCACGAGCCGGGACUGCUCAGUCCUGCCUCAGGCCAGCAGCUGGAGCUGCCCCCGCUGCAGCCCUGCAGAGCGGUCCUUAUCGACUAGUCGUGUAGUCAAUGUCGUGUGUCGACUACACAAUUAGUUGAAUCACCGCAAUUUAACAUCCUUACUUCAACAGCUGGAGCUGAGAGCUUUGGCAGGGUCUUGGUACCUACCCCGUUUGCAGCAUGAUAGGGUAGGGAAGCAACAUCAGUGUGCACUGGUGUCUGGCCUACUUACUUGGCCCUUGCUGCAAAUUGGCACUAGACCCCGAAUGCAGAAAUGAUGUACAAUCUCUAGUCUAGGCCUCGGUGAGGAAAGGAAAGAGGAAGGGUCUAUCUCUGUGAGGUGCUAAGAACCCUCACUUCCUACUGCAAUCCUGGGCUGCUUUGAUAGCAGUUGACACGCAAGUGGCUGUUUGCAUUUUUCAUCAGACUCAUGAAUAAACUGCAGACUUGAGUUUGCAAACUAUGCCCAGUGGAUGUAAAAUCUCGACUGAAUCCCUUCUUGCCAGAUCUCUCCUCUGCUCUCCUCAGGCAGGGAGGUCUGGUGGAAGGCAGAUUCAGAUACCAGUUCUAGCCCAAGCUGCUGUCAGUGGGGGUUUUCUGGUGACCCUUACCCUAAAAGAGAUGCUAAUAGGCCAUCUAGAGCCAAGUCAGUCAUGGGGCAGGAGAGAUUACAGUAGGCAACUCUCCACCUCCUUCGAGCUGGCAGGAGAGCAGGGAGGUGGAUGGAUUGUAUGCAGGGCAAUAAGAACCGGGCUGGCCCCGGCACUUGGAUUCCUGUCAUUAACUGUGCUGUAGGACAACACUGCAAAUGGAUGACCUGUGUCUCGGAGGCUGGUCCCCAGUGGACAGUGGAGGAAGUCUGCAGAGGGGAUGUUUGCCUGGGGAUUACUCCCGGCCUUUCAGUGAAAGUGCUAAGCCAAAGGAACACUUGGGAUAGACUUGGGUGGUCAGAAUGAGAGACAGGGAGGUGGAAUAGCAAGUGGUGCCCAUGAUGGCAGAGUGUUGUUAAUGGGUGGGCACUUUGCCGAAGACAGGAGAGAACACACAAGACACCACCCUGCCCACGGCCAAGAUAGCUGGCUGGCUGUCAGCCCAAAUCUCCAAAUGCACCAAGCAAGGUCCCACGUACACAGUCCUUAUGGAUUUCUUCCUCAGGCCCCAUGUGGGAUCGGCCAGUGCUUGGAGCAGGACUGAGUGUGCUCGGCCCACCUCUGGAGGGGAGAGCACUCGGGGUGGGGAAGUAGGAGGGGGCUGCUGGACUUGCCCUUUCCUACUCCACACACACAGGCUGGAGAUGUUUCCGAGUCUGACCGUUUUCAGUGGCCGAUCUUGCUCCUGCCUCCACCUCUGACUGUGACGCCCAUGCAGCCACCAAAGCCUGAUUUCUCUCCCCUUUCUAGAGAAGUGAUGUGGUUCAACUGGAGCCACCUCGCAGCUGUCGGUGGGUAAUGCCGUCUGAAAAGGGAAAACGUCUAAGGAGCUGUAAAAUAGCCUGGUGUUGUACAUAGCCCCGAGUUGCCCGGGUGCUCCCCCGGAGCCCCAGCUGUUAAAUUAGUUGCAUGUCUUUUUUCCAAGGUAACGCUGGUUUCUGCAAGUGGAUGGAACUGGAAUUCUUUGCCAUUUGCCCCCAAGACUUUUAUAGUCCUCACUUGAUUUGUCUGUAUUUUGGAUGCUCUUCUCUGUGCCAAACACCCCAAACCGAACCCUCUUGGCAACUGAGGGACUGUGCUCCAAGCCCAGGGUUUAGCUAUCCCGAGCCAGUGCUGUCCUAAUUGCUUCCCUUAGGGGGCAUCUGACCUGGGGGGGCCUUUGGCUCAUGGCUGCGAGUGACUCCUGACCAGCUGUCCCCAGAGCGACAGGCUGGCACCAUUGUUCAGACCCAUCCGAUCUGCGCCAGGCUGGGCUGGGUCUGUCUCAGAUGCCCGCUCUUGGUGCAGAGGAGAACCAUCUUCUCUGGGGAGUGUUCAGGAGUGCUGGGCAGGCACAAAGCCUUCCCCUGGAGAAAUUCCGGCUGGAGGGCGGGAAGCUGGGAUUAACCCCACCCCCUAGAAACGCAGGCACCAAAGCCAUGGGUGAUUGAUUCUGAUGUGCUUCCCCCGACUGUCCCAGCCUGUGGCCUGGCUCUGGAGCAAAGUGGGGUUUGGUAUUUUUCAUGCUCCCAGAACUCUCUCCCUGUUGGGAUCGUUCUCUGUCGUUAGGGCAAUUGAGCCAAACCUCCGCCAGGUGCCAGGCCCUGGAACGGCUCAGCCUCAGGUUGCAGAAAGGUCUUGACAGCAGUGGCUGACUACCGCUCCCUCAGCUGGAGCCAGGGAGGCGCAAGAUGUGUCCAGGGCUAUCAUAGAGAGGACUGACUGCAGAUCCACAAGUAGCUGCUUGAGACCUGUGGAGCAUUUCUGCAGACAGCACCAAUUUUGUACCUGUGAAGGGCUCCGUUGGUAAGAGCCCCUCAGGCAGCUGUGAAGAACUGGUGUGGCUCCUCCAUCUGCCCUAGGUGAGGAACCAGGGGACAGGGAACAAGCGGGGGGUGGGGGUGCUGCUUGGCCCAGAGCAGGUGGAAGGUUCACUGCAGCUCCCCACAGCUACCUGUGCAGCUGGGAGCUGCAGCCCCGCUGUGGUAAACUGAGUAGCCCCCUGGCAGUGCUACAGCCCCACCCGCCUGCCAGGCCAGUGUGGAGCCCAGUUGCGGCAGCCCCUCCACCUGUGGGCAGAGGGGGGGACUGCUCAGCCCCAGCUGUUCCCUUGCCCUCCUCCCUUCUACCCCCCCAGGCUUCCCAUCUGGCCAAGGGCAGGUGGAAGGUCCCCAACUGCAGGCGGGCUCCCCAUAGCUGCCUGUGUGGCUCUCCCCAACUGGGCUCUGGAGGGGCCGUGCCUCGGAGCCUCUGUGGAGAAAUUGGCGGAGAACCUUGCAAGCCUGCGCAGAGCUGCAUCUGUGGCCGCUGAUCGUGGCAGAUGAUUUUUGCGGAUCUGAUGCCGAUGCACAUCUGUGUAUCCGUGCAGGGCUCUGUGCCCGUGGGCUCCCUCCGCUGCCAUCCGUGCCAAACUCAUGUUGGUUCCAGUGGGAUCUGACCUUUGGUCCCCUCCAACUUGGCCUGCUCAUAUUGCAAUGCAAGGAACCUAGCCUGGAGGUAGCCUGACCCACACCUAACCCACGCCUGUUAUUUACAGAUCAGCUUUACCGCACGUUUCUCAUCUGCACUGCUGAUUUGCCUUUGUGAUAAAAAUCAUUAGGGUCAGAAACCGAGGUGAAGCGAGAAUCCAGCCUGGGUUUAUAGAUGCUCUUUAAAGCUGCCGCUUUCUGAGCUGUUGCAGCCACACUGAAAUCCAAGACACAGCUCCCAUCGACUGGCCUCAGCUCCUUAGCAUAAAACUUUCCCAGUCCAGCGGGGGAGAAGCAGGUGCAGAGGGGUGAGAUAAUUGGGUCUUCCCAACCUAGCCCCUCAAAUGUGGCUGGCAAUCUAGCUUUGCUGCCAGUCUCUUCCAAAACAGGGCAUGCUGGGAAAUGUAGUUCAUUUUCUCCCAGAGCAGAUUCUUCCAUGUAGGCAUUUUUUCCUCUAGGAGCUCAGUGAAAAUGGGAGUGGUGAAAACACAAACCCAGCCCUGCAUCUCACGCUUAUUUAUUAAAAUUGGUUCUCUUUUUUAAUUACCUACAUAUUAAAAACCAUCUUGAAAAGACUUCAUUUCCCCUGAGCUCCAAGAAAAGUCCCUGCCUUUCUUCAUGAGAAGACUGUUAAUGUUCUGUAUAUCCUUUACGUGAAUUUUGGACUUAGACCUUUUCGUUUUUCUGCAAAGCAUGACAAUUACUGUGUCUAGAUUUCUGCAUUCGUGAGCAGGGACUCUCGUUACCUUUUAAAUGUUCUGUGUCUUUUUGCAUACAUUGAGCAGUUGUGGAGAAAUCCUUAAUUCCUAGAGAAAUCAGGUUCCCCCCCCCUUAUUUUUUUGGUAAGAUUGCCGAUGUGCAGAGAACGUGGUUGGGGGGCGUAUUAGAUGUGUGUUGUGCCAAUGAAGCAUGUACAAUUUAUAUAACAGAACUUUAAACAUCUACCACCAAGACGAAAUCAUUGCUUCAGAAACAAAAAUAGGCAUAUGCUGAAGAACACCAGGCUGGAGAGGUGGGGUGGGGCAUGAAACAGCUGAUGUACAUAUUCAAAUUUUUUCAGUAUGUACAUUUUUUAAAGAAAGAUGGGGCAGGGGAAUAGAAUGACUUGAAUACUGGUUGUUUCCGGUGCUUGUCUGACGUUAUGACAGCUGGUGUAGCAAUAAUGAUGACUAUUAAUAAUUGAAGUGACCACAAUGUUGCUUUCUUUCCCAAUCUUGGGCAAGUCUGAAGAAGAAUAGAGCAGGAUUCCUUGAAUUUUUUUCUUGUCCCAUGUUCAGAUGAACCCUCCUCCAUUGUGCAUGCUGUAGUGUGCUAGAACAAGGUGACCCUCCUGUGUGUGGACACGAGGGGACCUAGGUUCUGUUGUGUCUCAGGGCUGGAUACUGGUGUUGGAACUGACGAAUACCCUGGAGGCAGCAGGAUGAAGACUUUCCUCUCUUACUAUCGUGGUUGCCAAAUUUAUUUUUUAAGCCAAUAAACUAAACAGGAGUCUCUUAACCUAAUGAGUCUGAUGCUCUUUGGCAUUGAUUCAGGGAAAUAAAUUACACCGCACAAGGUAUUCUUCUGCUGUUUUCACUUGUAAUGUGUUUUGUAAAGUUGCCGGCUGAUGACUAUGCAGAGAACAUGGUUAUCUGCCUCUUCCCUGCUCCUCACCCCCACUGCCUUUUGAGUGUCUAAAUAUCUAGCCCCCUUUCUCUCCUUUUUUUUUAAUAAAACUUUUUGGAAAACCUAAA